GAUCACAGACCUUGAGGCGGAGGGCGGCGCUGUCAUGAAGUGCCCUGACCCGGACAACUACAUUGAUGACUGCCCGACCGACGAGCAAAUCUAUAAGUGGGUGAACUUCGACUACACCACGCCUCUGACGCCCGGCCAGUCCGCCCCGCCGCCACCGCCCAGCGGUGACCAGUCGGUGGGCGGUUCCGACUGCUCUACCGGCAGCUCAGGCUCAGUAUCUAGCUGCUACGAGGCAAUGGCCAACUGCAAUGCCAACACUGCUGAUAAGAUCAACGCUUUGCUGGACAAGGCAAACUGCGGCACGUCGUGUGGCGGCGCGAACCAGGAGGAGGUUUACUUCGGCGGGUACAACGGCAUUUCGGUGUCGCGCACCACGCAGUGCGCAAAGAGAGCCUCGUCUACCAAGACCUUUGAGUUCUGCUGCCCUUAAGUAGGUGUUCGAAAGUGACACACCCAUGCAUGAUAUUGUUGUGCUGGUAUUCUGACACGCAUGCAAAGGUUGCUGCUCAUAGGACUGAUGCGAGUCGAAAUUGUGAACAACAACAGGUAGACACCCCGUACGGUCUGCGCAUUCCAUCAACCUCCCUGUACCUGAUAUUGACGCUUCAUUGUUUUGGUUUUAGCUUAUUCAAUCCCUCGACGCAAAGUGGCCCAAAGCUUGAAACUUUAUCGCAAAUGCGAGAACAAUGUGGACUGUGUAUGGUAGUUACGCGGGCAGCCAAGUAUGUAGGGAUGGGGUUGAGCAUUUUUGAGAUGCGGGGGGGUGCGCAUUUGGUGUGAGGGGAGCGGGGGCAUGCAAUGACGCCCUACCUUUGACUAUUACAGACUUGGACGCACAGGCUAUUGGUUGGGGCCACCAUCGGGCCGCAAAAUCUGAAGGAAUACGAGGAUGUAAGUUCACUAAGUUGAUACUUGUACUUGGGCCCUCAGGGCGAGUGAGCGACUGCAACUGGCUGCAUGUGCAGGACAUCAGCAAUUGCCACAGUUGCAUUGUGCAUAGAAGUCGCCACGCACAGCAAGUCUUUGAGUUGUAACAUACGGUACAUGCGGGACUAUGGCUGAUGGGCUGUCACCGCUUGGCCUGAACACGUGCGGUGUGGGGGGGGGCUGAGUCCGGGAGGUGUGAUUAAACUAUUAUGGACAUGGAUGGGGACUGAGCGGCACGAUUGCGCAGAUGGCAAAAGCUUGUUGAGGGUGGAGCAGGUAUGGCUGGCCGCAACAGCGGAUGGCUGACCUAAUACCGACUUGCGGGAACCCAAGAAGCCAAUUUCAGUGGUAGGGACUUCAUACAGUAUGACAAUCAGCGUGCCGGUCGGCCGGAGGCAUCCAAGGCGAGGGGCACACGAGGCUCUCGCGCCCCUGCCAUGUUCCCACACGAAGCACGAAGCAACAACGUGUUUGGUCUACGCCUACAACAGGCGACCACCGGAACAGCUUCGCCCAGAGCUAGCGCUGAACAGAGCUUACAUCUUCCAGGGCUAGGCCGUACGCCAGGAGCACCCGUGAGGAGCACCCCUGGCUGCCGCCACUGGCGAAAUGAGCCUAAACAUGUUCUCGCCCACAGCAUCCAGGGGCGGCUCUCCUGCGGCUCUGCAUCGCGAGUGUGGCGUUGCGAUGUGUCUGUGUGGUGCUAUCGCCUGGCCGGGCGCCCGGAGCGUGAGGAAUGCGCAUCAGCAAACUCAGUGCUCGUAUCUUCCAUGUACACUGUAGAAAUCUGGCCAAAAUCCGCCGAAGGCGGAGAAAAAUGUUUGGGUUUGGGUGCCACGCAUCUACGCAGUGUAGACGGUUUUGGCCGGUUUUGGCGCAAAAAUGGGGGAACCGUAGACGUUUUGGGGGGCUUGGGGGCUUAAGUGUAGAUGCCGCGGUCAGGGUCAUCUACGCAUGUGUAGAUGCCGGGUGCCUGAGGGCAUCUACAAGAUACGAGCA